AUGACGGAUUCUAUAGGGGUUCAGACCCACGACGCGCUCGACGAGACCCUCGGCCGACUUUCCAAGAAGCCCGGCGUCAAGGCUACAAUCGUGCUCGACAGGGCGACGGGAUCCGUCCUCAAGACCAGUGGCCAAGUGUCUAGCCUGCGGAGAUCACGGCCGACGCAGCCUGCGCAAGCCCUCGCAUCGCCGUCGCGGAGUGUAUUUCCCUUGGACCCGGACAGCGCCACCUCGGCUUCGAAGACAGAGCAGGAGAGCGAUGCCGAAGAGGUGAACGCCUUUGCCGCCCUCAGCCUUAGCGCUGACGUGAGCUUUAAACAGGAUGAGCUGAAGCUACUUCGGCUUCGCACCAAGAAGCAGGAGCUUGUUAUAGUUCCCGAUCCUAAAUAUCUCCUCAUUGUUGUCCACGAUACACCUCCAGCGUAG